AUGGCUAGCUACCAUCCUCUUCAUUCCCGAUCAAUGGAUUCAAUAAGCAAUCCAAAAGGCUGCACCAACUUGUGCUAUUUCAGAGGCUGUGCAGACGCCAAUGCGGACGCCGAGCCCAAAGAUAUGACAGCAUCACCAAACACAAGCUGUGGAGUUCCUCCCGUCUGCAAAAAGCUCGACGGAUUGGCAGCCUGGCUUUUCCACUCCGUGGCAGAAGCUUUCUUUGCAUCUCUUCUACGCUGCUCUUGCAUUCACAUCGACACAAAAGAUGACCCUGAUGAUAUUUCCUACAUCCCUCUUAAUAGGAGCCAGGAGGAGGAGGAGAAGGAGGAUGGUGGCAUUCAAAUCUCAAUAGCAACUGUGGUUUCUGAAAACUAUUAA